GCGCUCUCGACCGUAAUGAAUUUUGCAUUUUCAUUCAAAAACUCAUACACCUUGGUCGAACAUGCGUAUACACCCACUUUUGGGUAAAAGUUUUCUAAUGAGAAUGGAGAGAUGGUGGCAACCGCAGGAGUAAAAGGAUAACAGACGCACGCCUUCGGGUCGAUUUCCAGUGAGGGGUGUUGUGAGAGUGAGUACCGGUGAGUGCUAUCAAAUCGCACCCUAAUCAACGCCAUUCGAAGGAGAACUGUUCUCAGUUGUACGCUAGACGGAGCUGUUUCAUAACCUUUUUCCUAAACGGGCUGCAGAGUGGACCACUCUAUCCUACAGAAACGGUGAAUCUCCAAAAGGGAAGAAGGGAAGAUGUUCUUACCAUCCUGACCCUAGUGAGUGAAAGAGAGUGGUUGAAGUUGAAGCUGAAGCCUUUGUUGGGGACCUUUUUGGGGUUCGAAAAUUGAAGUAAACUAUAAAAUUGUGCUCAAAAUGUAGUCCUACGUGUGAAAGUGAUUCGUUGAAAUCAUCCGACGUGCUGAAAGUCCAGUGAAAACACAGUUUUUGCUGUGGAUACUUUGGUGGAAAAGAGCAAACUGUUUGUGUACUAAUUUAUCGAUUUUUUCUGUGCAAGAAAAUCCAACCGAUGAGUAGAAGUAGCCGUGACGGUAGAAGAUUGGUUGAGUUGAACGCCGAACCAUCGGGGAAGCAAACCUAAUAAGUUUCGGUUGGCAAGCGGAAAAGUUUGCAGAUCUUUCAUUCCGUAGCAGAAAAAAAACCAAAGAACGACCCGUGUGGCGAUAAUUGGGGUGCUUAAGUGCAUCAACGUGUCCAUACAACUGCCGGCCGGAUGAGCAUUUCGUCGGACCAGCACCUAUUGAAUUCUUUACAGACUUACCGCUUUCGCCCUUCGGGGUGAAAAAAAAAAUGAAAUUUAUAAAUUUCGACCACAAAGAGGGUUUUUCCAAGGGACAGUACGAUAAUUAAUGAUCGUAAUUUAAUUUUCCACCAACGGCAGUAGUAGCUGAAACCGGCAAAAAGAAUGCUGCUACAGUUGGGAAAAUAGGGUACGCGAAAGAAUUAUCAUGCCAUAAUAAAUUAUAGCAAUUGAUCGUAGCGAGAUACGAACCCGAACGAAUUCCACUGAACUCGCUUGGAGUUGUUGUAUAGUUUGGAGAAAAAAAAACAAUGAUACAACACUCCCACCCGGAUGGACAGUAGAAGGGCUGAGGAAAAAAGCUACAGUACUUCGCAGGAUAAAAAGAGUACACACAUCCGGUGCCUACCACGGUUACAUACGGGAGCGGAAUGUGUAAAAAAUGGGUGUCGAUACAACAGCGGGAAAUAGCAGUUUGGCCGCUACAUUUGCAGUAGGAUGUGAAUUGUGAAACAAGGAUCAAGCAGCACCGGUCGGGGCCCACAAUAGAGUGUUGGUCAAAUAAUAAACAUACGUAGUAACGAGAGCACGACCGACACACACUCGACUCGGUUCCAACGUAGAAUGGAGUGCACCCUUCUCGAACUGCAACUGCCUGUUAGUGAAUGAAAACAUAUCAAAUUGUUCGUGAAAACAGGAAAAAUAGUGCGGUGAACGUGUUUUAUUCGAAUGCAUAUACCUAUAUGCAAGUGCAUGUGGUCUGACCAGGGAGUGCAUAUACUGAACUAACAUUCCGUAAAGAAUCGAUGCAAUUGUUUCUGUGAGUGCAGUUCCAAUUUACCAAAGAAUGAAAAAAAAAUUGAAUGAAUAAGCGGGUGGAAAAGUAAUUUUAAAUUUUAACUUGAAUUUAAUUGAAUAACGAUGAACGAGCGAUCCGAGCGGGUAUGUACAUUCUUGCAUUAGCUGCGUGUGACGCUUAUUCGAGGAAAAAAAAAGAAAGUGGUAGUGAAAGAGUUCACCGAAAAAAAAAAUCAAUUUUCCAUGCAAUUUAUUUUAAAUUUGUGCGCUAAAGCGUAGCACAGUUGGAGCAGUUCUGGGCAUACAGUGCAAGAAGAAAAAAAAGUUCAACUGAAACGAGAAAUUGGCAGAUAUUGCAUCAGACGGAGGAAACAGCAAUAAAACAAAAACUUUCGUUUUUAAUGCCAAUUUGGAAAAAUCGAAAUAAUCGAAUCCGGAAUCCUGCUGGUCAGCUCUACAAAACAGUCGUCAACGGUCACGGGGUAGUAGGGAGAAAACUUUCCCAUCCAGUCAGCGUGUAUAAUUUAUAUCGUUGAUGGUCGAACCAGCGAAACGAUUUCAGUGUGCACCGGUUCCAGCAAAUUGGAUUUAAAUGAAACAAAUCGAACACGUGUCAGUGUAGAGGUGUCUCAAAUAUCGUGGUGAAGAAGUUGAACUAAAUUGCUCGGGGUGUGGCGGUGCUGUAGGGUUAUGGCACCGACUUCGUGUGGCCCUGGGAGGCCACCACCGCUGCCAGGUGGCGGCGGUAGCGGAUGGCGACGACGGCGGCGAUCAACGGCGAACCCGCUGAUGCUGGUCCAAUGCUGGACCCUUCUGCUGGUGGUGACGGGGAUCCUGGCGAUCGACCUGCAUACCGUCAAUGCCGAGAAAACAAAAGCCUAUCACAUGGAUUCAAUCUGUAAAACUCAUUUUUUACAACAACUAUAUAGGAAAAUAGAUGGUGCUACACUCUCCUCCAAGAACGAGAGAAACCUAAACUGUGUUAUCACAUUUCAAACACACUCGAUACUGCAGAGAUUUAUGUUACGUUUCGAUAUGCUACAAUUAGACUGUAAUGAUCAUUUAUAUGUAUAUGAUGGAGCACACGCUGUCGGUACACAUAAGGCGGAUUUAACCUGUAAGGACACAAAACAAUCAGUGGGAGCGCUGUUCACCAAGACGAACUUUCUCACAUUCAAGUACGUGACCGAUAACUGGGGCACGGAAACGAACGGUUUCAAAAUGGUUAUAACCUCUAUCAAGGAUUCCAAGAUCAACUGUGCCGACUUUCGGUGUACGCAGCCGGAGUUUUGCAUAUCCCAGGAGCUGGUGUGCGACGGCGUGAGUCACUGUCCGGACGGAUCGGACGAAGCCAUCGGGUCGCUGUGUCCGGCACCGAACGAGUACAUGACGACCAUCUUCGGGUUGGAUCUGAUGGUGCUGAUUCUCGUCGGCGUGGGUUGUCUGGUGGCGUGCGCGAUCAUCGUGUUCUUGACGAUUUGUGUGUACCUGCGGAACUCGCGAGCGCCCAAUCAGCUCCAUUCGUCGAUACAAUUGAAUCAGAUGAUAGAAUCGAACGGUUCGUCGAAGCAUCUGCAUGGAACACUGCCGCGGGAAACAACAACGCUACCUGCUUCGGGAAACUUGCAUCACCCUGCGGGACCAUUAGGGUACCUCCGCAUUCCACACAAAUUGAUGGCCAAAGUCCGUCCCAUUUGGUGCCUGGCAAAUUAAGACAAUUAGGUCCGGAUUUAUCGCAGCAAACCUCUCAGAAAGAUGAGUGGUUUGUCUAGAGCUAGACAGGAAACACAUAGAGCAACAAAAAUGAACAAUUAAAAUCACCGAAUAAAAGAAAGAAAUCUACUAGCACGAACUGACAGCAGCAGAGGAAAAGAAACAACUCAACAGCAAAAAUGAUUCUUGAAGAAAAAACAACAACAACAUGCAGCGGAACAAUAGAAAGUUAGAUUGAGCAACAUCACGAGUGAAGAAACAUCAACUAAAAGCCAACUGAGAUAGUAGUAACAACAGCAAGAAAAUCAAGCGAAAGCAACAAGAAGCAACGAGCACAGCAGCAUACCAAGAUCACGAUCACAUCACGCGAUACGCUUGUGGAACUUAUCUUCUCAGAAUGAAUAGAAAAAAAAAACACAUUCACAACAACGAUGUAACUUAUUUCACGUUUUAAAGAUCAA